UACUACCCCACUGUGGUAGGGCCCAAUGUCGGAGCACAAAAAGCCCGCUCUAUUCAGAUACAAAUCAUGGUCUCCUGACAUUCAACGUGAAGAGGUUUGGCUCAAACGCAGGAAGAAGCACUUUCAGCGUCUCGCCGCCGAACGCCGUUCAUUGAGCCAUCUCACCGCCGAACGCCUUUCAUCGAGUCUCAGCGCCGAUGAGAUCCGUCACUUGAGCCUGAGCAACGCCGAUGAACCCCGUUCAUUGAGCUUCACCACUGAUGAACGCCGUUCAUUGAGCUUCAUCGCCGAUGAACUCCGUUUGAUGAGCUUGAGCAAAGGCGAUGAACGCCGUUCAUUGAGCUUAAUCGCCGAUGAACUCCGUUCUAUGAGCCUGAGCAAAGGCGAUGAACAGCAUGAACGCCGUUCAUUUACCCUGAGCAACGGCGAUGAACGCCGUUCAUUCAGCCUCAGCGACUAUGAACGCCGUUUAUUGAGCCUCAGCGCCGAUGAACGCCGUUCAUUGAGCCUCAGCGCCGAUGAAGAUCGCCGUCGUUCAAUGAGCAUCACGAACGACGAUGUCGAUGAACUCGGUGCUUGUUUUGAAUUAGGCUUUGGAUUCGAUUCGAAUUCUGAUUUGGAUCCGAAGCUUACCAAAGCUUUUCCCGCUUUGGAGCUUUAUCAUGCUGUGAAUAAGUUAUCUCGAUCCACUUCUUCGGUUUCGACGGUAACUUCUGACGGUGAAACUCCGUCAUCUGUUGAAACCUCUGUCUCCAUUGUUGAACCAGGUGCUGAUGAGGAGACAAUGAAGCUGAAGCUGAAACAAUGGGCAAAAGUUGUGGGUCUUUCUGUGCUUCCGCCGCCUUCUAUCUCUAAAUAGAUUCAGAAUUUAAAGUUAUUAGUAAUAUUCUAUUAUUAGAAUAUUACGUAGAUGUGAAACUCUCUUGCAAGA